CGUUGACGCGAAGAAAAUCAGGCAAAAGAUCCCUUCUUUUGGAUUGUCUUUUUGGUUGCAAUCUGUUGCGAAGCAUGGUAAGCAAACGGUAGAAAUCCAUGGCAUUGUUCCCUAAASUUGCAAAGGACAACGGCAGCAACAACAACUUUAGUGAGCACAUUGAGAAGAAGCCACACGAACAAGAACACRGCUCGACCAACACCGGCCCGAGAAUGAACUYAGAACGAAACGCGGGMGACYUCUGGUGGMGGGUCAUCACGGUGCUGGUGGUCGCGUCGAUCUCGAUCGUCUCGUGGUCGAAAUACAGCGAACGCGCGAGCACGAUCCRCCCCUUGCGCUUGGUGGAAGCAGAAGGAAACUCUCAGUGGGMCCCGCUGUUGUUGGUCGAAGAAMACGAGGGAGACACAGAGACUAUUGGCACCCACGACUAUCUCCUCGAUAGCUACGCAAAACGACAGUCGCUGCACAGUCCGCCGACCCAAUCGUUUCUCGCAACACACGAACAAGGCAGUUCUGCGGGCUUCGCUACCGCAASGACAAACGACCCUUCCGGCUCGGUUCGAAAAUACGCAGCCUCCCAUUCUUUUUUGCUGCCACAGCCCGGGGAUGAUCCGGAAGCACCAAAAGCAACGACUCCGAAACGCGUCCUGAACAUCCACGUUGUUCCGCACACACACGACGACGUCGGCUGGCUCAAGACCGUCGAYCAGUUAUACAACGGCUGGAACAACACCAUACAGAAGGCAAGCGUCCGCGAAAUCAUCUCGUCGGUAGUCGAGGCCCUCACGGAGAAUCCAUCCCGUACCUUUUGCUACGUGGAAAUCAAGUUUUUUUCCAUGUGGUGGGCGGAACAGACCGAGCAGAUGAGGGAGACAGUAAUGCGGCUCGUGAAGGAAACAAAGCAGCUGACCUUUGUCAACGGRGGAUGGUGCAUGCACGACGAGGGAUCGACCCAUUACACAGGUACGUGAAAUACUAGAGUGCAGCAGCGCCGCAUCGGCAUCGUCUGGAUUUGUUUCGCAAUUUAUUGAUAGAAGUGUUGUAUUUAAUCUUAUGAAUGCUUUCUUUUCCCCUCUCUUUUUUGCUGGCGGAUGCGUCCAAUCGAAAAGGCAUGAUCGAUCAAACGACGCUCGGGCACGACUUUCUCAAAAGAACCUUCGGCUAUGUUCCCACCGUUGGCUGGCAGCUCGAUCCCUUUGGCCACUCCUCGACCCAGGCCUCGCUCAUGACCUACAAGACGGGCUUUGAUGCCAUCUACUUUGGCCGCAUCGACUACCAGGACCGGGAAAAGCGACACGCCACAAAAAAUUGCGAGGGGUUGUGGAAUACUUACACAAACAGAGAUGGUGACGACGACGAGGGCGGAGUCUUUUGGGGACUAACAGGAUCCUACACGGGCAAUUACCAAGCACCAGGUGGCUAUUGCUUGGAUGUCAACUGCGGACCCGGCCAGAAAUCGUUCAUUGACAAGAACCGAAAGGAAAUUAUCGCUAUGGUGGAGGACUUUUUGCUCGCUGUCCGGCAGCAGAGCGAUCGGACCAAGGGAGAUCAUGUGAUGCUGACAAUGGGUAGCGACUUUCAGUACCAGAGGGCGGCCGUCAAUUUUGCCAACCUCGAUUUAAUCAUCGGGACGGUAACGAACCUCCAAAAGGAUGGGACGAUCGAUAUUCCGGAGAUGUUCGGACCUGAGUACGAUGCGAUCCACAUGUUUUAUUCCUCGCCCGAGUAUUAUACAAAGUGCAAGCACGAAGAAGUCAAACAAGCACGAACAAACACACAUGCUACCGAUAACGAGGGAUCCCCGCCAUCCUCCAUCGUCUCCCGAGACCACCGCGUCCUCCGAACACCAAAGAAAGAUCCUGUUUCUUCUUCUGCGUCGGGUGUUGAAUGGGCCACCAAACGGGACGACUUUUUCCCGUACAGCGACUGCCCGAACUGCUUUUGGACGGGGUAUUUCACCUCUCGACCGUCUCUGAAGCGCUUCGAACGAGCUACUGCUGCGCUUCUUUUGGGAGCACGCCAGGUUAUUUCCACUUCCGUGGCAAACAGCAGAACCAUGAAAUCACAACCUGAAUCAUCUUGCGGUUCUUGUGAAGACGAGCUGCUCCAGCUCGAAGAUGCCGUUGGUGUCAUGCAACACCACGACGCGGUUUCGGGAACCUCGAAGCAGCACGUGGCGUACGACUACGCUAAGAUAUUGCAGGGUGGGAUCAAUGCACUCCUUCCCUGCUUAAUCCGGAAGCUGAAGCAUCUCUUGCUCGGGGAUGACUCUGAAAUGUAUCUGACCGACCUGACCUACUGCCAGCUCCUGAACGAAACUGUCUGCGAGCCAUCCGUGACCGCAACCAGUGGCAUCGCGGGCGAUGGCAACGAUGUUGGCAGCAACGGAGGAGAUCUUUAUGCGGUAGUAUACAACAGCUUGGCAUCGAAUCGAUCUGCGUUGAUCGAUCUGCCAGUCGGAACUCCCGGAAGGUACCUCGUGGAGGACGUGGCGGAAGGAAAUGCCGAAACGAUGGAAGCUCUGCCCAACUACUUUCGGCCCCCCGAACGGUUGGCGAAAAGCAGUGGUCCUUUUGUGCUAUCAUUUACGGCGGACUCGCUUCCAGCGGUUGGUGCCAAAGUAUUCCGGAUUCGAAAGCACUCGGAUGCGAUUAUCGAGAAACUGAACCAGGAGGGGGCACUUGAUGGUGGCAAUAAUGCCGAAAAUACUGGUGAUGUGGUAUCAACUCCUUCUAUGGCUGAUCCCGAAAACACAGACAGCGAUGGGUUGAUGGAGAUUUCGAAUGGCCGAUUUUCGGUGGCAGUCGAUACGGAUACUGGAGCCAUUCGUCGUAUAGGGACCCAGCAUGUCGAGAAUCUGAGCUCGUGGGGGUAUUAUAUCUCCUUCGAUAGGGAGAAAGAUACCGUCCGGCCCGACGCGGACGAAAAUUCCGGAGCCUACAUCUUUCGACCGAGCACCCCGAAUCAAAAGCUUCGCACAGUUUCACCGACCAAUGCCACCAUCGUUCACACCUUGAUGGGAACAGAAAUUCGCACCAGAUACGAAGAGUCGUGGAUUUCCACUAAAACGCGCAUUCGCAAAGACCUUCCAUACGUUGAAAUCGAAUACCAAGUUGGACCCAUCCCAAUUGGCGAUGGCAGGGGGAAGGAAGUGGUGACGAGAUACAACACUAUGGUAA